UUGUGGUCCGACCCAUUGCGAGGGUGACAGGAAACCCUGUGCAGGGAGCGCCGCCAUCUUGGACCAGCCCGAGGAAGAUCCUGAGGGAGCCGCGGGAGCAGUCGCCGCUGCCACCGCCACUGCCGCCGGCGCGUCUGCAGCUCCUCGGCCUGCCCGCUGCCUGCCCGGGCCUCGACCGGCCGCCCCCACGGCCGCCCCCGCCCCUCUCCCGCUGCGCCCGCCCUCCUCUUCCUCGUCCUGACGCCCCCCUCCCGCCCGGAAAGCUGCCCAGCCACCAGCAACCCCCCAGUGCCACCAUGGCAACUGCACCAUACAACUACUCUUACAUCUUUAAAUAUAUUAUUAUUGGGGACAUGGGAGUAGGAAAAUCUUGCUUGCUUCACCAAUUUACAGAAAAAAAGUUUAUGGCUGACUGUCCUCACACAAUUGGUGUUGAAUUUGGUACAAGAAUAAUUGAAGUUAGUGGCCAAAAAAUCAAACUGCAGAUCUGGGAUACAGCAGGACAGGAGAGGUUUAGAGCUGUCACACGAAGCUACUACCGAGGAGCCGCGGGAGCGCUUAUGGUGUAUGACAUCACUAGAAGAAGUACAUAUAAUCACUUAAGCAGCUGGUUGACAGAUGCAAGGAAUCUCACCAAUCCAAAUACUGUGAUAAUCCUCAUAGGGAACAAAGCAGAUCUGGAGGCUCAGAGGGAUGUGACGUAUGAAGAAGCCAAACAGUUUGCUGAGGAAAACGGUUUAUUGUUCCUUGAAGCAAGUGCAAAAACGGGAGAGAACGUAGAAGAUGCUUUCCUUGAGGCAGCCAAGAAGAUCUAUCAGAACAUCCAGGAUGGAAGCUUGGAUCUGAACGCUGCCGAGUCUGGUGUACAACACAAACCUUCAGCCCCCCAGGGGGGCCGGCUAACCAGCGAGCCGCAGCCCCAGAGGGAAGGCUGUGGCUGCUAGUGACCGCCUCGCAGGGCUCUCGUUCGACCUUCCACCUCUGUCUGUCGGAAGCAGUACUUUUUACUGCCUCACUGUCUUCUGUACAUCUUACUGGGUUUAAUUAAAAAGAAAAAAACAACUCUGUUGUAAAAACAGUUUAACACAAUACUAAACUGCUAAACAACUAGAUGUAAUCAGGUUAUCAAAGGCAAGUAGAGUAAUAAAUCUCUCCUGCAUGGUAAAUCUAGACUUUUUUUUCCCCCUUGAUUGUCCCCGUGAUAGGUAUGUCACCAAUCCAUGAUUUAAACUGAGCACUGAUGCUGGACUUGAUUUUUUUACCCCUCCCUCUUUUUGGCAAGGCUUUGUCUCAUUGUACGGUUUAAUUUGAUGAUAUCUUAGGCUUUCUUCCCAUCUUUAACUGUUCAGGUAUGUCUGUUGUAACCCAUAAAUUUAUUGCUGUGAAAUGACUUCUGAUGAUAGAGAAAGGGUUCUUCAAAGCCUUUUGUUUUUGUCGGAUAAAUUCCCUGUUGUGUGGGUGGCGUUUUUCUUAAGGCGGUUUGCUUUUGUCUUAGCCUUGCGCAGGGAAAAUAUCCAUUUAUCUUUUUUCUUAUGCUUAAUUAAAUAGCUUUAUCCUUUUUUUUUACACCAUUUUAUCUUUUUCUCUUUAGCAGAAAGUAAAUAUGUAUAAAAUUUGAAGGAACCGAACUAACAAUACAUUCUGUGUAUAUUAUUUUAAUGAAGAAAAUAAAUUGAUUACUGGCCUUGGAACAGUAUAAAAUACCAGUUUGUACAGUAGGACCUAUAUGUGACCAUGUUACUCCCUUCCAUUUCACACGAGGAAAUAGACACAACUUCUGUUCACACGAUCUACUGGCUCCACCCUUUGGUGCUGGCAGUGUUUGGGGACAUUAUGCUGGAAAGAGCUCCUGGCGUGAGAAGAUUUAACACUAGCAGAUUCUGUUCCAUCUUUGCACUGUGGCUUACCUGCUGAUUUUCUUAACUGUUCUUGUGCAAUCAACAAUGUGCUAACCUGCUUUUCUCUUUUUGUAAACAUUUUGCAUUACAGGCUGCAUUUCUUGCCUUACUGUAUAGAAGAAGAAAAACGCUGGGUUUCUUAUUGCACAUUUUAAGCUUUUAUACCUGUAUCUUGGAAUGGUAAGAUUCUGAACCAGACAGCCAGAACCGCAGGUCUGCUGUUAAGGGAUUUUAAAUAGUGCAUUUUUAACACUACAGUGAAAUAAUUUAAGAUACCCCUUGUAUUCAUAGUAUAUUUAUGUCACCUCGGCAUACAUUGUUUCUGUAAGGGGGAAGGUGUUUCUAAGGGUGUUCAGUGUUUGUGCUGAUACAAAGUAAGUUACUACUUUGCACUGGGUGGUGUGGCCACUGACAGAAUCCUGUAUUGCAAGGGAAACAGUCUUAUUUCUGUAGACAACAGACUUAGGUUUUACCAAGUUUUUUACUUCUGUUGAUUGAUUCCUAAUUGAGUUUGUGGUUCAGGCUGGGAAUUGAGAAGUUACUUGAAGUAGGAUAGGUAAAAACCUCAUUAUAUAAAAUGCACCCUCAGCUCAACUGCUGUGUUUAAAAUACACAUUUUAAAUCCCUAUUUACAGACACUAAAGUAAAAAAAUACUGCUUUCUGGGUUGUAAACAUGUGGUAGUACCAGAGUAUUGUAUAGUCAAUGUUAAAUAAAAGCCAAAACUGGAAUGUGCAGAAAAUAGGAUUUGGUUAAUUUGUGGACUCAUCUUUAUUUUUGUCUUUGUUUAACUUUUUUAAAAAACAAGAUACCUGGAGUGUAUCGGGUAUGUUCUGUUAAGGACGUGCAGUGAUCCGUUUUGCUGACACUGUUGCAUCACGAGGGACUCGCCCAGGGACCAUGACCUGCUGGUGUGUGUGUAUAUAUUUACAAAACAAAGCAAGCAGACCGCCCACCGGGUGUGAGGGAGCCGUCACAGAUGAGGCCUGUGGCCUGUUGGGGUGCGAUGCCCUGGUUCCCAGAGGCAGUGACCGUGGGUCUUAACUGUGCUGUGACAGGGUUUACUCAGACUGCUGUACUCUUCACUCGAUGUAACAAAAUGCUAUUAAUCUAAAUAUUUGUAAAUAAAGUACCUGUAUCUAGAUUAAAAUUGUUUGCCUUAUUUUCUAAAUUAUAACAGGAUUUCAUAUUUUCUUCAGGCAAAUAGUUAUUUUGGCAUUAAGUUGCCAGUUUUUACUGCAAAACUGCCCUUAAUUGUUUAAAAAGACGUCUACGUAAGGAGCAUAUGAAUCCAUGCCACUCGGCACUGGAGCUCCAGUCUGACCCGUGCGUUCAGAUCACACCUGCAGUGUCUUUGAGCCUUUCUCAGUGUGGGAUCGCACGUCUGCUGGCUGGCAGCAUUCUCCCUCGACUCUGCUUAGGACCAGCUCCUGUCAUUGGCAUGUGGAAUCCCCUGUAACAAACUUGGGUGCUCAGAGAGAGAGAGGCAGACUGUUGUAACAUCUGUGUGCCAGACAUUGGGCAAGUACACCUUGGAGAGAAUGUGAAAUUCUUUUAAUUUUUAAUCCACGGAGAGCUUAUUACUUGUGUGGUCACCUGCUUUUCUGGGUUCCUCGUCGCCCUUGCACCUGUGAGGCCCUCCUGAUUAGUAAUUGGUGCUCAGUACUCUAUGCGUUAGACAUUCCAGUAUGAUGUUCAAGUAUUUUUCAUGGACAAUAAAGUGUUUGAUGCAG